AUGGAGUCAGAAGUCGCCAUCCACACAGACAAGGGCAGCCCAGAAGCACAGUCUGCUCUCACCGCCCUCGCGCGCACUCUCAACAUCAACGAAAACGCCCUAAAGACAGCUCUCAGUGGUGCAUUCGACCUAAUGACUACCGCUGCUGGAAAUCCGAUUCUUGCGCUCCACUUGAGCUUCGUACGACUAUCAUAUCACAUUGACAGCAAGACUUUGUAUGAGAUCGUGGGCGCGUUUCGACAAACAUUCGGCGCCACUUUAAAUGUGAAAAGAGUCAACUACGUAACCACCCAGGCAGUCAAUACUACGGAGCCUACCGAGCGCCUCCCACAUUUGCGCAAUCAAGUCGCAACCUAUACAUGGGCCCGCCACAGUACCCUAAUUCAAUUUUCCGCUCAUAGAACAAAGCUGUUCACCAUCAGCAUCCUCAGAUCUGUUCACCACCUCGGUGUGUGGGUUACACCGGCAACGUCUCAAGCAGUGGGUCCCAGCCAGUUGUCACACCAGCAGACCAGAGAGCAUCUACUUUACGAGACUACGAGUACCCCGGAAUGGCUGCUAAAGUUAAUCAAGCACCCUCAUUUGCGCCAGGUGCUUCACAUUUCGCAAGAUAUGCGUGAGCAAGAGGAGGGGUCACUUCACUCAUGA